UUAAUGACGCGUUUAUUGUGCGCCGGGAAGCCGGCUUCUUGUAAUUAGCUCGAAAAUCAUGUUUAACUCGGGAUUUUUAAAAUGUUAAAUAAUUUAAUUCUGAAUAAAUAUUAAAAUAUAGGAAGAUUUGGUUUAUAUCGAAACAAUCUGGACUCGGUGUAUAGCAUAUCACCAGCGCGUGUGUGGCUUGUUUUGAUGCCUUAGACACAGAAGCGCGUUGUGUUUAUUCUCCGUUAUUGUUGUGAGUAAAUAAAAAAGAGACGGUGUAACCCAGGCAUCCGGGAUGAGUUACGGCUACGGGAGAGGGAGAGGCCGGAGAGGAGGAGGAGGAGGAGGUGGUGGAGGUGGAGAGCGGUGGAGCUCCGACUGGGAAGCCCGGGAUGAGCAGCCUCGAGGCGGCGGAGGCCGUGGGAAACACCCGCCGCACCUGAAAGGGAGAGAGAUCGGACUGUGGUACGCGAAAUGGGGAGGAGUGAAACGAUCCGAGGCCGAGAGGAAGUCGAGAGCUGUGGUUCAGAUGGACGAGUCGAGAGAGCAGCACAUCACGCAGCUCUUAAAUUCAGUCCAGGGGGAACCGUCCCGUGACUGGGAACCGUCCCGUGACUACAAGCCGUCCGUCCCACCGUACCGUCAGGUGAAGCCGGAACCAAGCGGACACAGCUACUUCGAUGGCGACGAGCCUCCAGAAGAGCCUCGAGAAGAGCCGCGGAAAACAGUAAAAGUGGCUAAAAUAGAGGCGGUGAAGGUAAAGGAAGAGGAGCCGGAGAUAAAGACGGACGUGAAGGAACAGUGCACGGAGCGAGAUCUGGAAUACCUGAUGCAGGAGAUCGAGCGUAAGCCUUCGCUGGAUGAAGAGCUGAAAAGCGACCUCAAGAGCAAAAGACAGAAUCCAAGAUACCUGGACAUGCUGAGAUUUCGAGAGAAGCUGCCUUCUUACGGCAUGAGAGAGGAGCUGGUGGAGCUGAUCCAGACCAACCGCGUGGUGGUAGUGAGCGGAGAGACCGGCUGUGGAAAGACCACGCAGGUGCCGCAGUUCAUCCUGGACGACUACAUCGAGCGUGGCGCGGGCUCGCUCUGCAGGGUGGCGUGCACACAGCCGCGCCGCAUCAGCGCCAUAUCCGUGGCCGAGAGGGUGGCGGCGGAGAGGGCGGAGUCUGUCGGAGAGGGGAAGUCCUGCGGAUAUCAGAUCCGUCUGCAGAGCCGGUUGCCACGGAAACAAGGCUCGGUGCUGUAUUGUACGACGGGAAUUAUUCUUCAGUGGCUGCGCUCGGACCCGUGUUUGUCGAGUAUCAGUCACCUGGUUCUAGACGAGAUCCACGAGCGCAGCCUGCACUCAGACGUCCUCCUGAACAUCGUGAAGGACCUCCUGACCCACAGAGACGACCUCAAGAUAGUGCUCAUGAGCGCCACCAUGAACGCCGACAAGUUCAGCAAGUACUUCGAUAACUGCCCCAUGAUCCACAUCCCGGGACACACCUUCCCCGUGAAAGAGUACCUGCUGGAGGAUGUAGUCGAGAUGCUCAGGUUCCGGCCGCAGCAGCAGCAGGAUCGACGUCCUCGCUUCAGGAGAGGCUUCAUGAGCGGACAAAACAUGCGGCCUGAGAAACAGGAGAAAGAAGAGGAGUACAAGGACAGCUGGCCUUGUUAUGCUCGCACACUCCGAGACAGGUUCUCCGACAGCACCGUCGACGCCCUGGAGAUGAUGGACGAGGACGACAAGAUCAACCUGGAGCUGAUCGUAGCGCUCAUUCGCCACAUCGUGCUGAACGAAGACGACGGAGCCAUCCUGGUUUUCCUGCCUGGCUGGGACAACAUCAGCAGCCUGAAUGACCUCCUGAUAGCGGACCAGAUGUUUAAAUCUGAUAAGUUUGUGAUUAUUCCACUACACUCCCUGAUGCCCACGGUCAACCAGACGCAGGUUUUUAAAAGGCCACCUCCUGGAGUGCGGAAGAUCGUGAUUGCAACAAACAUAGCAGAAACCAGUAUCACGAUAGACGACGUGGUGUACGUGAUCGAUGGGGGGAAGAUUAAGGAAACUCACUUCGACACGCAGAACAACAUCAGUACGAUGACGGCGGAGUGGGUGAGCCUCGCCAACGCCAAGCAGAGAAAGGGCAGAGCCGGCAGGGUGUCUCCGGGUAAAUGCUACCACCUGUACAACGGCCUGAGGGCGAGUCUGCUGGAAAGCUACCAGCUCCCUGAGAUCCAGCGCACCCCACUCGAGGAGCUCUGUCUGCAGAUCAAAAUCCUGAAAUUGGGCGCUAUCGCUUCAUUCCUGAAGAAGACUCUGGAUCCUCCGUCAGACAGAGCUAUCGAGCUGGCUAUCACUCAUCUAAUGGAUCUGAACGCCCUGGACCGGAACGAGGAGUUGACCCCGUUGGGAUUUCACCUGGCCCGUUUGCCCGUGGAGCCGCACAUCGGGAAGAUGAUCCUGUUCGGAGCGCUGCUCACCUGCCUGGACCCGGUGCUAACCAUAGCGGCUAGCCUUAGCUUUAAAGACCCGUUCUCCAUACCACUGGGGAAGGAAAAACUAGCCGACCACAGAAGAAAAAUCUUGUCCAAAAACACCAAGAGCGACCACCUAACCGUAGUCAACGCCUUCCGGGGCUGGGAGGAGGCAAAGCGCCGUGGCUACAGGUACGAGCGGGAAUACUGCUGGGACAACUUCCUGUCGGCCAACACGCUCCAGAUGUUACAGAAUAUGAAAGGACAGUUUGCGGAGCAUCUCUUGGCAGCUGGAUUUGUGAGCAGUAAAGACCCGAAGCAUCCCGGAGCCAACAUCAACUCUGAAAACGAGAAGCUCCUGAAGGCAGUGAUCGUGGCCGGCUUGUACCCCAAAGUGGCCAAGAUCCGCCCCAGCCCCCACAAGAAGAGACCCAUACCAGCGAAAGUGUACACCAAGGCUGAUGGGAAGGUCUGUAUUCACCCUAAAUCUGUCAACUCCGAGGAGACGCAGUUCCACUACACCUGGCUCAUUUAUCACUUGAAGAUGAGAACCACCAGUAUUUUUCUGUACGACUGUACCGAGGUGUCUCCGUUCUCGCUCCUCUUCUUCGGUGGUGACAUCUCCAUCCAGAAGGACCAGGAGCAGGAGACCAUCGCGGUGGACGAAUGGAUCGUCUUCCAGUCUCCCGCUCGCAUCGCUCACCUGGUCAAGAACCUGAAGAAGGAACUCGAUCUGCUGCUGGAGGAGAAAAUCAAGCGGCCGCGCCCGGUGGACUGGAGCGACCGCGCCUCCAAAGACUGCGCCGUCAUCUCGGCCAUCGUCGACCUCAUCACCACGCAGGAGAGCGCCGCGUCCCAGCAAGAGCCGUACAGGAGAAGCCACCAGCACUGGGACUAAGAGCCGAACGCUCACGGAUAACACACACAAACACACACGGCUGCUUUAAUGGUGCAAUGAGUGCUUUUGUCUCUUUAAAUAAAAUUGUGAAGAGUGGGAAAUAAACAAAAAUAAAUAAAUAAUGAUCGGUUCAAACAAGCAGAUUAAACUGAUCUCCGUCUGAGAAGAUCUCAUGGUUGCCAUAGCGACAACUCGGGACUAGAAUGUAUUAUGUCAUUUGUUGUUGGAAGGAGUCUUCAGUGCCAGAGGUUUGAGAUAAAUAUGCCUUUACAGUAAUGUUCUUUUUAUUAUUUUUUGUUGCAUAUCGAGUGCAUUGUGAUGUCACACUCUCUACCAUUGACGUGCUUAUUGCACCUUUAACUUGAGCAUGUCAUCUGUAACGUCCCAUCAGAUCCCCACUGUAUACACUGCCCAUUCGUUUUCCCGUUUUUUUUUAUUUUAUUUACAUAAUGUGUAUUAUUAAGUUUGCCUUUGCACUCCCAUAAAUCAUUAAAGGUGCCGUUUAAAGUGC